AUGGGUAACCAGCAGUCUAAUAUCAGUGGAGGCCCCGGUGGUGAUGGAAGGGAUGAUAAAGACAAGAAGAAAGACAAGCCUAAGUACGAACCACCUCCACCACCCACCACCCGUAUUGGUCGCAAGAAGCGCAAGGCUGCCGGCCCAAGCACCGCUUCCAAGCUACCCGAUAUCUACCCGACUUCACGAUGCAAACUGCGAUAUCUGCGAAUGCAACGGGUCCACGACCACCUUUUGCUAGAAGAAGAAUACGUGGAGAAUAUGGAGCGUCUGCGUAAGACUAAGGCACAGGCUACACAGGAUACUGUUAGCCGAGGUGAUUUUGAUAUCAUGGAUCGAAAUGCAGACGAGAGAGGCCGAGUCGAUGACAUGAGAGGCAGUCCUAUGGGAGUCGGUAAUUUGGAAGAAUUGAUCGAUGAUGACCAUGCGAUCGUCUCGAGCGCAACGGGCCCCGAGUACUACGUUUCGAUUAUGUCUUUUGUUGACAAGGACCUGCUGGAGCCGGGUGCUAGCAUUCUCUUGCAUCACAAAUCCGUUUCGGUGGUCGGUGUGUUGACGGAAGAAUCAGACCCUCUCGUAUCAGUAAUGAAACUUGAUAAAGCACCCACCGAAUCCUAUGCGGAUAUCGGUGGCCUGGAGAGCCAAAUUCAGGAAGUCCGAGAGUCCGUCGAGCUUCCUUUGCUGCAUCCCGAACUGUAUGAGGAAAUGGGCAUCAAGCCGCCAAAGGGUGUCAUCCUGUACGGUGCACCAGGUACGGGAAAGACAUUGCUUGCAAAGGCAGUUGCGAACCAAACCAGUGCCACCUUCCUUCGGAUUGUCGGUAGUGAGCUGAUUCAGAAGUACCUCGGUGACGGACCACGCUUGGUGCGACAGAUUUUUCAAGUUGCUGCGGAACAUGCUCCUUCUAUCGUGUUCAUUGACGAAAUCGAUGCCAUCGGUACUAAGCGUUAUGAUUCUACAUCGGGUGGUGAACGGGAGAUUCAGCGGACCAUGCUUGAGCUGCUUAACCAGCUAGAUGGUUUCGAUGACCGUGGUGAUGUCAAGGUGAUCAUGGCAACAAACAAGAUUGAGACUUUAGACCCUGCCUUAAUUCGUCCUGGUCGUAUCGACCGGAAGAUUCUCUUUGAGAAUCCAGACCAAAACACCAAGAAGAAGAUCUUCACCCUGCACACCUCGAAGAUGUCCCUCAGUGAUGACGUCGACCUUGAUGAGUUUAUCAACCAGAAGGAUGACCUCUCCGGUGCCGAUAUCAGAGCCAUUUGCACCGAAGCUGGGUUGAUGGCGCUGAGAGAGCGCCGCAUGAGGGUGCAAAUGGAGGAUUUCCGUUCAGCCAGAGAACGAAUCAUGAAGACCAAACAGGAUGGAGGUCCUGUGGAGGGAUUUUCUGCGCAUGCGAAAGAACAGUUACAUCAGACAGUGCCAGACACAAUGGACGGUUUUGAUGAGGAAGCGUUCAAGAAAUUCUUCCCAACCAGUUUUGGCAGGCAAGAAAAGACAGCAAAUGUUAAUGCUCAGAUAAACGUCACGAAGCGGGCAGAGAUCUCUGCGGCGUCUGGGAAGGAUUUGAUAUCCGCGGUUGUCGAUACUGACACCAAACCCAGCGACGAAAAAAAGAAAGACGAUGAUAGUAAUGAGAGCGACGGUGAUUCAAAUGAUUCCGAUGACGAUUCCGACGAGGAGGAUGAGUUUCCUGUCUCCCAUGAGCUUACCCUUAAAACCCACGAUCGCUCCGUGACAACACUGACCGUGGAUCCAUCCGGGUCGCGACUGAUUACGGGGUCGACUGAUUGUACGAUAAAACUUCAUGAUUUUGCUUCCAUGACUCCGUCAACCGUGCGCGCAUUCAAAUCUGUUGAUCCUUCCGCGAAGAAGCAGUCUGCCGUGCAGGAAUCGCAUGCCGUGCAUUAUGCUGCAUUCAAUCCUCUGUCGCCAAGUUAUGUUAUGGUCGUCUCUGCUACUCCACAACCGAGAAUUUUGGAUCGCGAUGGAGAAACAAUCACGGAAUUCGUGAAAGGCGAUAUGUACUUGAGAGAUUUACAUCAUACUAAAGGCCAUAUAUCAGAGGUGACUAGUGGAGAUUGGUCGCCUACAGAUGAGAACCUCUGUGUCACCGCCGGAUCGGACAGUACUGUCCGCAUCUGGGAUGCCAAUAUAGGAAGAUCUCAGAAGGAGGUAAUUAUGCAUAAAUCCAAGGUAGCGGGAUCCGCUGGUCGGAGCAAGAUGACCGCCGUCAGGUGGGCCUCCCCAAAACAAGGAGGACCAAAUGUACUUAUCGCUGCCGCGCUGGAUGGAAGCAUGAUGAUGUGGGGCGGAAAUGGACCGUUUACUCGGCCCAGUGCUGAAGUCCGGGAUGCUCAUACCCGAGAUACAUGGACAAGCAGUGUGGACAUCAGUUCUGAUGGGAGACUUGUCAUUACUAAAGGCGGAGACAACACCAUCAAGCUCUGGGAUACCAGGAAAUUCAAGCAACCUAUCACAACGGCCGCACAUCCAUCUAGUUCAUUCCGAUACCCAUCGUCUAACAUCAUCUUCUCGCCUACGUCCGCAAACAUCCUCACGGGAUCUGAGACUGGCCAUCUACAUAUCUUGAACCCAGCCACAUUGAAGCCAGAGUUGGUUACACCGGUAACUCCAGGGUCUCCGUUAAUCAGUGUCCUAUGGCAUGAGAAACUCAACCAGAUUAUCACUGGCUCGGCGAAUGCGGAGACCCAUGUGCUUUACAACCCGAACAUGUCGACCAAGGGUGCCGCGUUAGUCAUGUCGAAGGCUCCCAAACGUCGCCACAUUGAUGAUGACCCAGCUCUCACCAUGGACCUCAGCCAGGGCAUUUCAGGUGAUUCUGUCGUUGUCGGGUCGAACGGAGUACCUCAUUACAGCUCGUCUACCUGGUCUGCUCGACACCCGACCAUCGGACUCACGGCUUCUGGUCGCCCGAGGGAUCCGCGACGGCCUCACCUACCGGCCCAGACUCCUUUUGCGAAAUCGCAGCCGGAUGAAAGACAUAUUCGGGAGAAUAUUCCUCUUAGCUCGAUGCGCGAUGAGGACCCGCGGGAAGCACUGUUGAAAUAUGCGGAGCAGGCGGAAAAGGAUCCGGUGUUCACCAAGGCGUGGAAAGAAACGCAGCCUACGACAAUCUACCGGGAGAUCAGUGAUGAUGAGGAAAUAGAGCCGGAGAAGAAGCGAGCAAAACGGUAG